ACAUGGAAACCUCAUCGACAGCGAGAAGCAGACAUGGAAACCUCAGACAGGAAUUAUGCAAUUGCAGCGGUUCAGAAUGUAGUUGGAAUUGAUGAUCGUGCAAAGCAAAUCACCGACUUACUUGAGAUGGAAGUUGAUGAUGAGGUGCGCAUUCUUGGAAUCUAUGGAGCUGAUGGAAUUGGCAAGACGACUCUCGCCAAGGCUGUAUAUGACCGCAUCUCUUCUUGUUUUGACAGCCGUAGCUUUCUCACAGAGGUCAAAGAAACUGCACAAAAUCCUCGUGGUAUUCAGUUUUUGCAAACUAGGCUGGUACGUGAUAUCCUCGAACGAGAUCAUGAAGAUCCUUCUUUUGAUGAAAGAAUAGAAGAUUUCCUGGACAUAUUUUGUGAAAAGAAAGUUCUAAUAGUUGUCGAUGACGUGGAAGAGCAAUCCCAUCUUCAUGCUAUUGUCAGAAAACAGCUUCAUUGGUUUGGUCCAGGCAGUCGAAUAAUUGUGACUUCUGAAAAUGAGGAAAUUCUCAGAGAGUAUGAUCCCGAGAAGGCUCGUACCUACACAGUUGGUGCGUUGGAUGAUGGUCAAGCUUUUGAACUUUUCUGCGAGCAUGCAUUCAAGAUGCAAUCUUCCAUACCUGAUUAUGAUGGACUCACCAACCGCAUUGUCAAUGCUACAGAGAAACUACCAUUAGCAGUUGAGGUCGUAGGUUCAUUUUUGCGGGGCAAAUCAAUACAAGAGUGGGCAAAGAUGGAGAAGUCAAUGAAAGAACGCACCAGGAGUUCUCGAAAGACGACAGUUGGCCUUGAAGAGAUACUGGAUAUAUGUUGCAAAGAAUUAGAUCAACAGCAAAAAGAUAUAUUUCUGGACAUAGCAUGCUUUAUCUCCGGUGUGGAUGCCCGAAUUGCUUCAUAUAUGUGGCCCAAUUGUUAUCUUCCAUCUUCGGGUUGCAUUCUGAUGCCCCUGGCAAAAACUGGAGAAAACAUUGAGUUGCAGAUGCACAGAUUGCUGAGAUGCCUUGGCAAAAGAAUUUGUAAGAAAGAGGAAUCUCAAGAUCCAAGAUCUAGAAGAUUUUGCACACAGGAUAUGGUUCUAAAGGCAAUGAACAAGGAGAAGGGUAUGGGAAACGUUGAAGCUCUCUGCUUUGACUUCACAGCUGGAGAUUUUCAGAGCAUGCCAAAAAUAAGGUUUCUCAAGUUGGACAAUGCCAAGUUUUGUGGCAAUUUUGCAGGUGCAUUUGCAAGUUUAAGGUGGCUCUGUUGGCAAAGGUGUCCUCCGGAUUUUGAUGCAGAAAAUCUCGUGUUAAGAGAGUUGGCCAUUCUUGAGCUCCCUCGGGGCAAAAUCACGGAAGACUGGGGAGGUUGGAGAAAAAUCAAGAUGGCAAAAUUGAAAGUCUUGAAUCUUACUGGGUGUUCCGACUUGCUGUUCACUCCCGAAUUCUCUGGUUACAAAGAUUUGGAAAUCCUGAUUCUUGAAGGCUGUUCUCGUUUGGUGAAGCUAGAUACUUCAAUUGGCAAGUUGAAACGUUUGGUCUCCCUGAAUUUGAAGUUCUGCUCCCGAUUGAACUGGUUGCCGGUGGAAUUGGGUGGUAUGACGGCUCUGAAAGAGCUUUUCAUUGACGGGACUUCUGUACGGGAGAUCCCCAUCUCCAUAGGCAAUUUGAAUCAACUUGAAACUCUCUCCGGCUUCCAGUGCUUUCCAUUGACUCAUCUGCCCAGUUCAGUUGGUUACCUGACUGCUCUCUCCGAACUGUCAUUAGAUGGUGCGAAAAUUACCGAGCUCCCAAUCUCACUGGGGGAGCUGAGUAAUCUAAGACGCUUGUCAUUGAGGGAUUGCCGUUAUUUGGAGGAACUUCCGAAUUCUAUUGGUAAAAUAGGGAGCUCAUUGGAGGAGUUGGAUAUAUCGGCGACUAAUAUCUCUGAACUACCCGGUUCAAUAGGAAAUCUGAAGAGCUUGAAAGUACUGAGGAUGGAUUCUUCUUUUGUUCGAGCAUUUCCUGGGGAGAUUGGGAAUCUAACCAAUCUCGAAGAACUCCAUGCUUCCUGGUGUCGUAGUUUGAAGGGGGCCAUUCCCGGUAAUAUCAAGGGACUACGUCAUCUGAAAUCAUUGACGCUGAGGCAUUCCAGGAUAUCUAGCCUACCUCCUGAAAUCUCCACCAUCCCUGGUCUUCACACCCUGGAUUUACUUCAGUGCAAUGAAAUUGAGGAGUUGCCGAAGCUUCCCCCUUCUCUAAUUCGUCUUCGUGUGAGUUCUAAAAAGAUGAAGCUUCCCCCUUCUCUAAUUCGUCUCCGUGUGAGUUCUAAAAGGAUGAAAGCAAUACCCCUUCUUGAAGGUUUAAAGGAAUUGGAGGAGCUGUGCCUAAGUGAUCGGGACCCGAAAGCACGCCGACCAUCCUCAUCAAAAUGGCCGGUGCCAGAAUCCAAUGUGAUUGACGAACAUUCCUUCUCGAUAUCGUCUCCUAAACUGAGGAAACUAGAACUGUCUCUUUCGCAAGUCAUCAAGCUGAAGUUUGGGCCGGCAGAUAUUCCCCCACCCAAAAGGUUCAAAAUGGUUACCCAUGCUGGAUCGAGCCGUAAAGAAGUAUCAGAGCUUCCCAAGACAUUGUCCGUGUUGAAGCUGUACGACUCUGCAGUAGAAGAGAUUGAAGGGCUUGAAGGGCUCGCAGCCCUGAAGAGGCUAGAUAUAUCAAACUGCAGAAUACAAAAUCUCAAUGGGAUUGGCCAGUUAACCUCACUGAGAAGUUUGAUUCUAUCAGACUGUGAUUGCCUCAGUUCACUUGAUCUUUCAAACUUGAUGUCGCUGAAAGUUUUAGAGAUCAGACGAUGCAAAAUGAUCCAUCAGAUUGAAGGCCUAGAUAAAUUAACAUCUUUGGUAAAGCCGAAUAUCAGUGAAUGUCCAGCGUUGACGCAUGUAAUCGCACGUUCUGCGGUUAUGUGAUGCUGGAUGAGGGUCACUGCUGUGGAGAAAUUCUGGUGAUGAAACAGAAGCGGUUGAUGAAGCUCCUAUUUAUUAUAGUUGGUUCAUUUCUAUCAUUGGAACUUUAGGUGCGGGAGAAACCCACUAAGGU